AUGACGACCGUGGAACUCACGGGCGAGCCGGCGCGCGCGAUGUUCAACGCGGAUUUGGAUAAACCGAUCGAGGACGGACCGAGAGCGAUCGCGGUGACGCUCGCGGCGAAGCGGGCGCUGCGAGACGUACUGGAACAGAAUAAUUUGUUCAAGGAAACGUGCGAGGCGCCGGUGUUCGCGUGCGAUCUGAGUCAGUUGAACGUGAAGACGUCGAGUCGCGUGAGCGGUCCGCUCAGGCGUUCGUUGCCGGCUCUGAGCGAGGUGUACGGUAUCGAUCCGUACGCGGUGGACGGCGUGUUGCAAAACGUGAGCACGCUCGAGGCUAUUUUCAAGGCGAACAACGCGCGGGUGAAGGUGGAUUUUAAGGGUGGGCCGGAGAUGAUCGGGCUCAUUGAUUCUGGCCUGGAGGCCAUCUAUCAAGACCUCCCGCCCGAGGCCCUGGCGAAAGGGACGGAAAUUUUGGAGAGCUGUGACUUGACGGUUGACGCAACCGCCGAGGGAACGCUCGAGUGCAGAAUCUCACGCGCCGUGGCUCAGAACAAGCGUCCUUCGGGAGGACAAUCGUAG